AUGGCAAACGAUUCCAUUCCAAGAUACACACUUUCUUCAACUCUUUUGGGUCAUGAAAGUGAUGUUAAAGCUGUUUCUUUCCCUAAUUCAUCCACAAUUGUUUCUGCCUCGCGGGAUGGCUCUGUUAAACUCUGGAAUCGCUCCAAUCAAUCAGGAACUUGGAGUUUUAAACAACUUCAUACAGGCUCUGUUUAUGUAAACUCAGUAACAUGGCUUAAUGAUAAAGAAACACCUCUCGCUAUUGCAGGUGAUCAGUCUUCUUCAAUUUACGCAUGUAUUCCUGUCGAACCUUUUCCCGAUGAUUCCAAUGAAGAAAUCCUUGAACCAUUUUAUUAUCUUUUGGGCCACUCUUCUAAUGUCUGUGCUUUAGAUUCUAACUAUGGGCUAGUCGUGAGUGGAAGCUGGGAUCAAACUGCUCGUGUAUGGAAAGACGGGAAGUUGCUUUAUACUCUUGAAGGACAUUCACAAGCUGUUUGGGCUGUAAAGAUACUUUCAGAAUCACUAGUUUUGACCGGCUCUGCUGACAAGACUAUCCGAUUAUGGGAAAAUGGGAAAGCCAAGAAGGUUUUUAAGGGUCAUACUGAUGCCGUAAGAGGUCUUACUAUUAUUACAAGUACUUCUUUUGCAUCUUGCAGUAAUGACGCUUCAAUUAGAAUCUGGGAUAUUAAUUCAAAUAUUCCACUUGAAGAGCUCUAUGGACAUACUAGUUUUAUUUAUUCUAUUGCAACUAUUCCUGCUACUGGAGAGAUUGUCAGUAGUGGCGAAGAUAGAUCUUUCCGUGUUUGGAGAAACGGGGAAACCGUCCAGGUUGUCACCCUCCCUUAUGUUUCUGCUUGGUCAGUAGCUGUCAACUCAGAGAAUGGUGACAUAGCAGUAGGUGGAAGCGAUGGCACUAUCCGUAUCUUUACGCGAGAACCAUCAAGAUAUGCUCCAGAUGAUGAAAUUAAGCAUUUCCAAGAUCUUGUUGCUUCAUCUGGAAUUGGAAAAGAUCAAGUCGGUUCUGUUAAUAAAGAAAAAUUAGAAGGGAAAGAAGGUCUUUUAAAUCCUGGUAAAAAUGAAGGCGAAGUAAAAAUGAUUCGUACGGAAAUUAAUACCGUCGAGGCAUAUCAAUGGAGUGCAAAUGAAUGGAUUAAAAUUGGAGAAGUUGUUGGGUCUGCCGGUUCUACAUCCAAGAAAUUGUACAAUGGCGUUGAAUAUGACUAUGUUUUCGAUGUCGAUAUUAAAGAUGGUGAACCUGCUCUUAAGCUUCCCUACAAUGUCACUGAAAACCCUUAUGAUGCCGCUAGAAGGUUUCUCGAGCAAAAUGAGCUCCCAAUGUCCUAUUUAGACAACGUGGCGAAUUUCUUAAUUAAAAACACAGAAGGCGUCGAUUUAACUAACCAGGCACCAGCUCAAGAUCCUUACGGUACACGAUACGUUCCAGGAAUAGAAAAUUCCACUUCAUCAAACCAACACGCUUCACAGCAAUCAUAUUCUAAAUCUGCCUCUAAAUCUUCACCUACAUCCACAGCUACAAAUGAAAAAAAUCUUGUAGUUAUUCCAGUCAAAUCAUUUGUUCAGUUAUCUUCAUUCAAAGCGGCACCUAUCAUAAAGGCUAUCAAAACCAACAAUUCAAAACAAAAGGUGGACAAGCAACUCACUGAAGCUGAAAUUUCUUUUAUUGAGCAAAAUUUAGCUCCAAAUCUUCUUUCUGAAGAAUCUUCUUCAUCAAUUUUCAAAAUCGUUACUAAAGGAUUACAAUCAUGGGUACCAGCUGAUAUCCUGCCAUUGCUAGAUGUGUUACGCAUUAUUAUCCCUUCUUUGCGUACAUUUCCGCCUGUUGUGCUUUUGCAAAGUUUACUUUCUUCACUUGAUGUAGAUGCCCCAAAGCACUGCCUUCUUGCUCUUCGUGGGUUAGUGAAUCUUUUUUCUAGUCCAAACACCAAUGCUACUAAAUUGAUUGAAAGUCCCAGCACCCGUGACAAUAUUUUUGAUAUUGUCAAAGAGUUGGGUGCCUUGCCAGACCCCAAGCCAGAGCCGCGAAAUCUCGCAAUUUCAUCAUUAAUAUACAAUUAUGCUGUUCUGAGUUGGAAGCACGGGGGAUCUGUUAUGUCAUCCAACGCUCUUCUUAAGGUUUGUGUUGAAUUGUUUCCAGUACUGAUUGAUUCCGAGUCUCGUUACCGAUUAUUAUUGGCUACUGGAACAUUGCUCGUUGAUUGUGGUUCUGCUGGAAAAUCUAUGGUAGCUGAGGCUUUAGAGAGGUUUAAAGACCUACCGGUUGAUGAGGAAAGAUUAACGGUUGUUUUGAGCGACAUCAAGCAAUUGAUUUGA